AUGGUAUCUUUUGAUGUCACGUCCCUCUUUACUUCUAUCCCCCAGGAUCUGGCAAUCGAGACCGUCCAGCUACUCCUACGAAACAAAUACGAUGAAACGGAGAAUCGUCUCGGACAUGCCCAAGUCCUUCAGCUCCUAAAGUUCUGUCUCAGGACGUACUUCACGUUUGACGGAACAAUCUACGAGCAAGUGAAGGGAACACCAAUGGGCUCGCCGAUUUCGGGAUUCAUCGCCGAGGCGAUGCUACAGCGGUUGGAGUCUCUGGUCUUCCAACACCACAGACCGAAACUCUGGGCUCGGUAUGUGGACGAUACCUUCGUCGUCAUCGAACAGGGAUCAGGUGCUAACGUUCAAAGAACGUCUCAACAGCGUCUUCCCGGACAUACAAUUCACGAUGGAGGAGGAAGAGAAUAACCAGCUGGCAUUCCUUGAUGUCCUCGUCUGUCGCAAAGAUUGUGGUGGGCUAAAGACCAAAGUGUUCAGAAAGCAACGAACACGACGCAAAUUCUGAACUUCGACAGUAACCACCCAAUCUGCCACAAACGCAGUUGCGUAAGAACGCUAUUUCGGCGUGUUGAGACGCACUGCAGUGAACCGGAAGACAAGGUUGCCGAAUCCCAAUAUCUUCGACGGGUUUUCCGAGAAAACGGUUACCCGCGCAACUUCGUCAACCAGUGCCUGCGCAAACAAGACGAGCGACAAAAUCGCGCCGACCCCAAAUUCUGGCGAGCGAUCCCGUACAUCAAGAACGUCUCCGAGGCCGUUAGCCGCCUUCUUGCACCACUUGGGGUUGGAGUUGCGCACAGACCGGAGGCCACCAUGAGGCGUCAAGUGAUGAGACCAAAAGACCCACUGCCAUGGCAAGAAACAUCUGGAGUCGUUUACCGGAUCUGGUGCAGUUGCGGACAAAGCAACUACGUCGGAGAAACUGGAAGACUGCUCCGGACGCGAAACGCCGAACACGCGGCAGCUGUACGGAGAAAUGACGCCAACUCUCAGGUCGCGGCCCAUUCGACGAGACCCGGCCACACAUUCAAUUUCGAUGAGGCCGAAAUUCUCGCGAGAGGGGAUAAUCGCGUGAGCCGCGAGUUGCUUGAGUCAUGGUUCACGGGACCUCAGUCUAUCAACAAGUGCAACGACAUCCCCACUCCAUAUUCUGUCCUGAGGCAUAGACUGGCCAAAGCAAUUUAACACUCGAGGAGCGCGCAGGCACGUGAGCCAGAUGGCCGAGCAAUCAUCACGCCAGCAUCCAACACGGGUGAUGAGAUGUCAGCAAUUAACAACUUGCAUGCCGGCCAUCAAGCAAUUAGCGCACCAGCGGGCAACAAUCCUUGAUGAAGGGAGCACGGUUAAUUGCUGUAGGUAUGCGGUAGCAUGGCGACCGCAUCCUAUAAAUACUGCGACUGCCUGUAAACUAGCCACCCUUUUCUGCAACUGUCUCUGAUGAUGGAUUCAAGAGAGAAUCCGAAACGUCUGGCGAAUAAAGCCAUUGUUCUAGCGAUCGUUUCUUCUUCUGAUCAACUAAUUCCUGGAACUCGCAUUUUCGCUUGUAUCGGCAAAAACUUAUCUGUAAGCGGGGCGUAGGGGUGUCAAGUUUUGGGUCCGCGUGACGGUCAUAGUAGGCCGCUCACUUGCAGGUGUGUACUACGCCUAGCGUCCAUUAACUGACAUCCAACUCUCACAUGUGGCUUCCCGAAGCAUUGUGAUUAAAAUUAAAGAUGCGUUGUGUACCUAAUCGGAAUUUCCUGACCGUAUAGAGACCACCCAAUUAAACUCCAGAGGUUUAUGGGCAAAUUUAUGGGUUGGUUUCAGGAAUGGUUCAAAACGAAGAUACGCUGUUUGUCGGAGAUUUCAACGCACCUGUGAUCAGCUGGAACAACUUAUCAGUAAACGGUUAUUUUAAUUCCUUCGAUCCCAGCCUCUUAAUACUGACAGCUAAUCUGUUUUUCGCACAGAAUAUCAUGUUCUCAACCGGAAUCAGAGAGGCUCGAAUGCAAACUGUCUGAACCUCCUCCUUACAAAGGACCCAAUUAGUGUGGCAAAGCUUUCUGGCGAGAAAAUGUUACUUCAGUGAGAGGUGAAUUAUCGUUACUAAACUGGCAUGACUUUCCAACAGGACAUUUAUUUAUCGAGUGGAACACUGCCAUAGGAGUUAUAAGCGACUAUGUGUAUCGUAAUUGCACGACAAAAAAGUUCAAAAGAAAAUCAUCCUCUCAAUUUAACACGGAAGAACGUUGGAGUAGGUACGUAGCAAAAAAUAACCAUCGCAUUCGCGCAGUGUCGCCGAGAGCGAAACGGGAUAGGGUCAAAUGCUAGUAGGUCGCAGAAGGAGUAUAUAUGUGCAUAUGUAUUUGGGGGUGCGGGUAUUUACAGUUGUGAGUCCGCAUGACGGUCGUAGCAGGUCGCUCACUUGCUUGCAGGUGUAGGUUCACAUAGCGUCCGUUUGCUGGCACCCAACUCCCACGUGUGGCUCCCAGAAGCUAGACUCUGCACAGCGGCCACACCCCGGCAACCACCUCGACUGGCGGGCUAAACCAGUUGGGGAUAUCUUUGUGCGCAUCUCUGCACACGGUAACUCCGCUCUGCCCCCCCCCCCCAUCGCUGGCCGGAUAGAUUACCGACUUGUAAUCUCCGAGAUGCUGCUCCAUCUGUAACCCCGUAGGAGUCCACAAGCAGCCAGCAAGCUCCUGACUUAGUGGAUGGAAGGCGGCCCAUUUAUACUCCUUCGUACCUAUUCUCAGCCCUUCUCACCUGUCCCUCACUCACUCUGCCCUCUGCCCUGUCCUACCCUAACCGCAGGGUCGGAAAUCCCACGGAUAACUGAAUAGCCACAUAUAAGACGAAGGUUCGUCCGCAACCCCGUUGGGAGCGACAAGGCAAGUGACCCCAAGGUAAGCUUAUUGCCUGCAUUGCCUGCAUUGGCUGGCUUUGUCUGCUUGUCUGUGUUUGUCCCUGUUGUAAGCCAAUUGCUGUUCUCUUGAACGCCAGUCUGUUGAAAUUUCCUGUUCACCGUUUAUAUUUCAGCAAUCAGUUCGCAUAGAGAGAAACGGGAAAGCUCUGCUACCCGUCUCUUUACUCUUCCCUCAUCCCCUUCCUCCUUAAAGUCCUGCGGCGAUAUCGUAGGCAGGCCCAGUCUAACUUGGGUCGUUCUCCCACUAAACAAAGUCUAUGGCCCAUAGUGGAGUUCCGCAAUCGUCUGGGAUGUCUUAGCAACCCUAGUAAGGUACAGCACUGCUCACCCACGCAAAGGGGAGAGGGAUAGAAAAGGUGCCCUUCACAAAUGUUGGGAUCACGUACUCUACUCGCUGACCGUGGCUCGCAGACGCAAAACACAGAGUCGAAACAAUCAAGCAAAAAACAGCGCUCUCUCUCUUCCUUAUCCUCCUCCCCACCGCCCCACUCGCCAUACUGGUAGGGUAAGUCCGAUCACUCCAACAGCCUGGAAUAUUCCUUCCCUUUUAGACAAUCUGAGGAACAACCGACCGGAACGGAGGACGGCGUUAGUGGCUCGGGAACCGGCGCGAUACAAGGUGGACAUCGCGGCAUUCAGCAAGACUCGGUUCACAGAACAAGGCCAACUGGAGGAGGUGGGUCCCGGUUACACCUUCUGGAGCGGUCGCCCCAAGGCAGAGAGACGGGACGCAGAUAUCGCCUUCGCCAUCCGGAAUGACGUCAUAGGACGACUGCUCUGUCUGCCGCAGGGCACUAACGACCGCCUGAUGAACCUCUGCUUACUUCUUUAGGGAGGCAUAUUCGCCAUCACCCUCAGUGUUUACGUCUCCUCCAUUAUGGCCAGCCCUGACACUGCAAAGAACAAAUUCUAUGAGGACCUGUACGCUCCCCUGGCGUCUGUGCUGGAGGCGGAUAAAUUGAUUAUGCUCAGUGACUUCAACGCCCGCGUUGACACAGGCCAUGCUGCCUGGAGAGAAAUACUAGGUCUCCAUGGCACCCACGACAAUGGCCUUCUUCUCCUACAAACUUGCGAAGAACACCGGCAAGGCGAGACCGGCGGGACGUUCUGGUGA